UUUCCUUCGUGAAAAAGUCGCGUCGUCGACCAUUCUUCUUCUUCCUCCUCUCUCGUCCUUCCCUUUCUGUAACUGCAAACUACUCCACGAUAAAAGUUGUUGAUUGAAUCCAAGGUCAAAGAGAGGAUCCCAUGAAUAGCCCUUGGAGCAGGUGGAAUGGCAAGCCUUCUACUUCCGGCGCUAAGCCCUCCGGCAAGAGGCUGAGACCAAGAAUUGGGCUGCUGCGCCUAGCCAUUGGCUUUGCCCUGUGCAUUCUGGUAACGUGUUUGACUGUUAACGCUCUCAAGCUCCAGCCGGAUCAGAAGUCAACGCAGAGUUUUGUGGUGAGGAAUGGCAUCCGGUUCAUGGUGGACGGAAGGGUCUUCUACGUCAACGGGUGGAACUCCUUCUGGCUGAUGGAUCAGGCAGUGGAGGAGGGCGGCAGAGGCAGAGUCACGGAGAUCUUCCGAGCCGCUGCAAACCUGGGGCUCACCGUGUGCAGGACCUACGCCUUCCAUGACGGCGAUCGCCAUGCCCUCCAAGUCUCCCUCGGCAUCUUCGAUGAGACAGUCUUCGAGGCGUUGGAUUGGGUGGUUGUGGAAGCGCAAAGACAUGGGAUCAGGCUGCUGCUCAGCCUGGUAAACAAUUGGCGGCGCCACGGCGGGAAGACGCAGUACGUGAAGUGGGCGUGGGAGGAAGGGUUCGGAUUGAGCGCUUCGAAUGAUUCAUUCUUCUUCGAUCCCUCCAUCCGAAGUUACUUCAAGAUCUAUCUCAAGACGAUAUUAACGAGGAAGAAUCACCUGAGCGGAAUCGAGUACAGAGAGGACCCAACGAUCUUUGCGUGGGAGUUGAUGAACGAGCCCCGGUGUGCCUCGGACGUGUCCGGCGACACACUUCAAGAAUGGAUCGAGGAGAUGGCAGAGCAUGUGAAAGCGAUCGACAAGAAGCAUCUGCUGACGGUAGGGCUAGAGGGGUUUUAUGGGCCGACGAGCUCGGCGGAGAAGAAAGGCGUGAACCCAGAGAAAUGGUACGCCGACGUGGGCUCGGAUUUCCUGCGCAAUUCCAAGAUUCCGGCCAUCGAUUUCGCCUCGGUGCAUAUUUAUCCUGAUAAAUGGUUGCUGCAAGCAAAUAUUAGUGAGAAAACAAGCCACACCUACAAAUGGAUGACAUCCCACAUCGAAGACGGGGAGAAAGAGCUGGCCAAACCCAUCUUGUUCUCUGAAUUCGGCCUAUCGAACAAGAACAAGGACUUUGACAUCUCGGAUCGAGUUACAUUUUACAAGUCCAUUCUUGACACCGUCUACUACUCCGCGGCCAUGGACGGUGCCGGGGCCGGCGCACUCAUCUGGCAGUUGCUCAUUCUCGACCAAAUGGAGAACUACAAUGACAACUUCAGUAUUGUUCCCGGGGAAUCGCAGGCAAUAGAUGGGCUUUUGAAGGAGCAGUCGUGCCGGCUGAUGGCGCUAAGCCACGGCAAGAACUUGGCACGAACAGCAUCUGCAAUUUGCUGAUCAAAUUCAUCAGGUUAGACUUUUGUCUCAAUUCUAUCAGAAAGUUGAUCAGAAAUUAAUGAUCUUUAGGCAAACAGAAAGACUGAUGCAAAACAUCGUCUCAAAUUCGUAUUCAAGUUCACUAAGUCACAUAUAAAAAAAACUUUGUAAAGCUCUGGGCUAUGUAUGAAAGCUCAAAUAAGAAACCUUUGAUAAGUUCUUGCAAAAGUAAUUGUUUUAGAAAUGAAUGACCCUGUCUGAAAGUGAUAAAAGGAGAUUGGCUGGGAGUGUGGCUUUUGCUGUUAAUCAAACAAAGACUCGUCGCUGUCCUGCAUAAGACAAAGACUGUUAGUGCUGGAUAACGGAAAGUGUCUCAGCGUUGACCCUCCGACACUCAAGUCAAUAAUCAAUUUUUAAGAGGAAAAGUGAAGUAAACUGUAGCAGCGAGUGUGUAAAAUUAUA